GUUUCGAAUCAGUGGCGGCGCCCGGCGUCGGGGCUGCAGGAAGGAUGCGAAGCGUGAGCGCGGCGUGUAUGCUGGGGGGCGCCAUCCUGCUGGCGGCCUCUGUCUCCUGCAGUCGUACCAUCCAAGUUCGGUGGCCCAUCCCUGGAGCAGUCCAUUUAUGAUGCCCACUCAGCUGGAGCUGGCCAUGAACAUCAUGAUUAGGAUCUUCCACCAGUACUCUUGCAAGGAAGGGGACAGUUUCAAGCUCGACAAGGGGGAACUGAAAAUGCUCCUGCAGCGAGAGCUCGCGAAAUUCCUCUUGUGCCCCAAAAAACCCCAAUUGGUUGAUAAGAUAAUGCAGGACCUGGAUGCCAAUAAGGACAACGAAGUGGAUUUUAAUGAAUUUGUGGUCAUGGUGGCAGCUCUGACAGUUGCUUAUAAUGAUUACUUUGUAGAACAAUUGAAGAAGAAAGGAAAAUAA